GAUCCGCGCCUGGGCAGCAGGGCGAGGAGUCACCCCGCGGCGGACUCCCGGGGGGCAGACCUGGCGGCGAGGGCUGCCCGCCCACCCCUGCCAUGGAAGCCGCCGGCACCCCCGAGGCCCCGGGGACAGCUACACCUCAGGAUUACUACAACCUGGACCUCAUCUGUGACACUACUUUCCUUUCAGGCAAGUACAUUGCCUCCACACAGAGACCCGACGGGACCUGGCGCAAGCAGCGGAGGGUCAAAGAGGGAUACGUGCCCCAAGAGGAGGUUCCAGUCUAUGAGAACAAGUACGUGAAGUUCUUCAAGAGUAAACCGGAACUGCCCCCGGGGCUGAGCCCUGAGGCCACCACUCCGGCCACGCCCUGCAGACCCGAGGGCGGUGAAGCCGGCCUCUCCAAGACCGCCAAACGCAACCUGAAGCGCAAGGAGAAGCGGCGGCAGCAGCAGAAGGAGGCGGAGGCCGUGAGCAGGACUCUGGAAAAGGUGUCUCUGGGAGACGCGGCCCAAACGCCCGGUGCCCUCCAAGGCUGCCAGGCCGCCCCUCCAGCUGCCUCGGAUGCAGCCGACCCUGCUGCCACCACAGAGAAAGCCAAGAAGAUGAAGAGCCUGAGGAAGAAGCUGCGGCAGGUGGAGGAGCUGCAGCAGCGCAUCCAGGCCGGCGAGGUCAGCCAGCCCAGCCGAGAGCAGCUGGAGAAGCUGGCCCGGCGGAGGGCCCUGGAGGAGGAGCUGGAGGACUUGGAGCUGGGCCUGUGAGCCCCGGGAGUGGGGAAUGGACUGCAGAAUAAACAAACCAUGGGGUGCUCUGGGGUCCGGGCGGGCGUGUGGGCCGCGGCAGUCGGGGGGCGCCCCUUCCUGGCUCACUUCCACCUGCGGCCCCGCUCCAUCCUCCAGAGCCCUAGGCUCCCCGCCAUCCCUUCCCUUGUGCUCAGCUCCUGUUUUUGGACUUUCCCCUCCCAUUCCCAGUGUUCAGAUUCUCGGUGACCACCCUGGGUACCUCUGCUGCUGAUCUGGGUGUCUUGUUGAAAAGAAAACCGGGGGGUGGGAGUCUGAGAGCUGGGGUUGGGGUACAGGAGUACCCCAAGUCUCGGAGUCUUCUUUCCUGUUCAGUGUUUGAGUUACUUCCAUGGCCUCCCUAAACCUCUUUUUUUUAAAGAAAGUAAGAAUAAAUUGGAGUAGACAACA